CAGAAUAGUUUCCCUUUUUUCGCCCCAAAUGGUACGCAGUGUCUUUUUCUCCACAUGAUUUAGCUCAGGAGUGAAUAAUAGUUCUUUCAUGUUUGGGGGUGAAUUUUGCCUGUUGCUGGAUGCAAAAUGAGUGAAGUUGUGGUGAGUGGGGUGAGAAGGUUGAGCACUAUCUCAGAGAAGGAUGUGGACCCUGGAGAUGAGCUCCAGUUUUCAGGAGAGAGUGAAUGGAGAGGAUCGCUCGCUUCGCUCUGCUCGCGUGGAAAGCCCAGUGUGGACAGCAGCACGCUCGCAUCAUUUGAGUCCUAUCAGCCUGAUGGUGCAGAUGAUUGUGCAACCCUGCUCCUGGCGUGUCUCUACUGCCGCUUCUGUGACAUCAUGACCCUGCUGCCGGAUGCCUGUGAGAGGGGCUUUAACCGUUGCUUCCCUUCUUACAAGUAUUUCAACACCGCCAACGAGCAGAAUAAAGCCAAAGACUGCUGCAGCUGUAAUGUGGAUUUUGACUGCGGUCUGAUGAACUCCUGCCACGAGACCAGCGAGUUACUCGAGCUGGCUAUGGAGAUAUCAGAAGUCUGUUACCGCUAACAGUCUGAACUCUCUGAGAUUGUCCAGUGUUUGAUUCCUAAACAGUUUAAGCCUUAUCUGAGCUUAAAGUGCAGGUGCAGGAGGCCAAGAAAUGUACUUAAAGAUCAGAUUUAGUAAAAGGUGAACUGUCAUCUGAGUGUUUUUAAACAACAAACGCAUGCAACGUCAAACGUGAUUUGCUUGUUGUCAUAUGUUUAGAAGCAGAUGAAUGCAGCCAAAUACACUCUUAAAAAUAAUUUUUGUCUACACUCUUAAUAAAAGGUGCUUCAAAAGGUUCUUUGAUGCCAUAAAAUAACCUUUAACAUCUGAAGAACCUUUCUGUUUCAAAAUAGGUUUUUAGGAUUAUAAAAGAGAUGGUUCUCUAAAGAAGUUUGUCUGAACCAAAAAAAAAAUAUUUUAGGACAUCACUGUGAAGAACCUUUUGAGCACCUUUACGUUUAAGAGUGUAAAUGGUUUCAUUAAGAACCUUUAACAUCCGAAGAACCUUUUUGUCUAACAAAAGGUGCUUUGUGGCAAAAAAGGUUCUUCAGAUUAUUAAAUGUGAGAAAGAGAUGGUUCUUUAAAGAACCUUUGACUGAAUAGUUCUUUAGGAAACCAAAAAUGGUUCUUCUUUGGCAUUGCUGUGAAGAACCUUUUGAGCACCUUUAUUUUUAAGAGUGUAAUAUUUGUUGAUAUGUCUUACAACAUCAAGUUUGGAAAACAAUAAAGUCAUAUUCAAGCUA